UUAAAAUCUAGUUACACCUAGUUUUACCUAGUGUUUGCUCUGGCUUGGGACAUUACUCCUCAGUUGGAGGCUUCUCAGGGAUGGAGAAAGGGCACACUAAGAUAUUCCAGACAUUAUGGAAAUACAAGUAUUUUUAUGGACCAAUAUUGUGUCUGGCCAUCCUGACUUACCUUUUAAUCUACAAGGGGAAAGGCAAGCAAGUCAAACAAGAAUGGGAAUCUCCAGAAGCCUCAUCUUUCUUUAAGCUUUUGCCAGAAGAGAAAUACAAAUCCAUGUUCUUGUAUAAUGGCAUUUGGUUAGGACCAAAGAAUCACUGUGAGUGUGCCAAAAGCAGCAAGCUGACAGUGUAUCAAUUGGAUGAUUAUAUUGACAAGGAGAAACUUGCUUCAGUUACAAAAAGACGAGAGAAGGAAUUCAAGGAUUAUCAGAAAAGAUAUUCCUAUGAGAAAAAAGAUGUCCUUGUUGCUCAGCCAAACAUCCCUUUAAGCUACCCUAUUCAAGGAGCUGAGGUGAUGCCUUUACACACCAUUAUAAUUCCAGGGCUUGGCUUCCAUGGAGAAAAUGCCGAGAAACAGAAGGUGCUCCUAGAGGCAUCAUUUGGUACUCUAGACACACUUGCUGAUGUUCCCAAUGACACAGUGCAUGGAAGAGGAAAGAAAAAACUGACUAUCUCCACUUCUGAUGUAGAGCUACUAAAUCACAUCUUGAAGCACAUCACAUACACUAGUACAGAAUAUUUACUUGACGCAGUGGACUUUGUUAACUUUGUAAUGGAAACUCACCAUGUGAGGUUUCCAGUGACCAUCCGCCAGCCACGCAUGCCUAAGCUGUACGAUCCAGGGCCAGAUAACAACAUCCGUAACUUGGUGACCAUCACAACUAAAACUUUUUUCCGCUACCACAAGCUGCGGGUCCUUAUCAAGAGCAUCAGGAAGUAUUAUCCAGAUAUAACCAUAAUUGUGGCAGAUGACAGUGAACAUCCUGAGAAGAUUCAAGAGCCUAAUGUUGAACACUUCAUCAUGCCAUUUGCAAAGGGUUGGUUUGCAGGAAGAAACCUUGCCAUCUCUCAGGUCACAACUAAAUACUACCUUUGGGUGGAUGACGACUUCUUGUUCACUGAGAAUACCAAAAUUGAGGAAUUUGUGGCUGUGUUGGAGAACAGCAACUUGGAUGUGGUUGGUGGUUCUGUUAAAGGAAAUGAUUACAAGUUCCAACUCAUUUAUGAGGAAGGAGAAGGGAGCAGCUGUCUACACCUCAGAUUUGGCUCCUACCACCGUUUGGAAGGCUUUCCCCACUGUGUGGUGACCAGUGGCGUGGUCAACUUCUUUCUUGCUCGUACAGAGGAGACCAGAUCUAUUGGAUUUGACCCAAAGCUGCUGAGGGUGGCUCACUCAGAAUAUUUCAUAGACGGACUGGGAGUUCUACGGGUCGGCUCCUGUAGUCAUUUAAGCGUGGAUCACCAACCCCAUGAGUCUGCAAACAAUUUGCAGGAGCGUAAUGUGGAGCAAAGAUAUAAUACCUUCCGGACUAGAACACAGAAAGACACCCAGUUUAAACUGGCUUUACAGUUCUUUAAGAACAGGAUGAAAUGUUUCACCAAGGGAUGACAGCUGUCUUCCAAGGUUGAAACUACUAAAAAUUGGAAAAUUGGUAAUUUCUCCAUAGAAAACUGGUGGCGUCGUCUGUGGGAUGUACUGUUAACGGAAAGAUUGGUUGCAAGCUCAAAAGUGCUAAAAAAUGAGACAUUUCAUAAAUGUUUGGAAGAGACUUGGUUCCCUUUCUUAGACUAUGUUAACAGCAACACCAAAUGUCUGAACCCACCAGCUCAUCACUUGGGUUUCUUGAAGGAACGUGAUACAAGAGGUUUCAUAAAGGAAUCGUAUUCCAAGACAGUAACAGAAGACUUUUAAUUUCUUCUUUUAUUUUGGCCUUUGGUGAAAUACACCUUCUACAGUUUGUUUUGUUGUAUUGUUUGUUGCAGGAAUUGCCAUGUCUUAUUUAAUUAAUGUAU